GGCAGGUCAGGAGAGCAGACGCGCCGUGAUGAUGCGCUUUAUUUUGGGGCGUUAGUUUCGCACGGAGCGGGGCUUCCUUCCAUGCGAACUGUCUUAUAACACAGACUGAUUGUUUUACCAGCGUAGCACAGACGGCAGGGAGCUGUUGUUGUUGUUGCUGCUGUUCCUGCCAGUUGUACGAGCUAGCAUGUAGUGAGUCUGUGUAGUCUUUUCUUUCGUUUUUAUUUUUUUAUUUCGCAUUUGCAAUAUGAAGAAUGGAAGAAGACGAUGUGACUAUCAGAGAGCAGAACUUCCACAGCCAAGUGCGCGAGUACAUCAUUUGCUUCCUCCUGUUUGCGGUCCUCUACAUCGUGUCCUACUGCAUCAUAACCAGAUACAAGAGGAAGAGCGAUGACCAAGAGGACGAAGAUGCUGUCGUCAACAGAAUAUCAUUAUACUUGUGCACCUUCACCCUGGCAGUGUCGGGUGGUGCCGUCUUCCUACUGCCUUUCUCAAUCAUUAGUAAUGAGAUCCUCCUCUCCUUCCCCAAAAACUAUUACAUUCAGUGGCUCAAUGGCUCCCUCAUUCACGGUCUGUGGAACCUGGUGUCACUGUUCUCCAACCUUUGCCUCUUUGUCCUGAUGCCCUUUGCCUAUUUCUUCUUGGAGUCUGAGGGAUUUGCAGGAUCGAAAAAGGGCAUUAAGGCGCGUAUUCUAGAGACCUUUGUGAUGCUCUUCCUGCUGGCCUUGCUCAUCCUGGGUAUCGUGUGGGUGGCAUCGGCGCUAAUUGACAAUGAUGCAGCCAGUAUGGAGUCACUUUACGAUCUUUGGGAAUUUUACCUGCCAUACCUCUACUCCUGUAUAUCUCUGAUGGGAGGACUGCUUUUACUCAUGUGCACUCCCGUGGGAUUGUCCAGGAUGUUCACUGUCAUGGGCCAGUUACUAGUGAAGCCAACAAUCCUGGAGGACCUGGAUGAGCAGAUUUACUGCAUCCAUUUGCAGGAGGAAGCCCUUCAGAGGAGAUUAAACGGAUCGUCCACACACACUUAUACUCGAGGAAGCUUUACUCACCAGCUCAACAAAGAACUGGACAAUAUUAGAAAUCAGAGGAACAAAUUGGAGAGAAGAAAGAAAGCAUCGGGUUGGGAGAAGAACUUGUUGUAUCCCAUAGUGAUGCUGAUCCUGCUCACAGGAACGACGAUCUCAGUUCUUAUGGUGGCAUUGAAUAUCCUCUACCUCCUAGUGGAUGAGACUGCCAUGCCCAAGGGAUCCACAGACCGAGGCAUUGGGAACACCUCUCUGUCCACAUUUGGCGUGGCUCAGGCGGCACUGGAGAUCAUCCUCAUGUUCUACUUGAUGGUGUCCUCUGUCGUUGGCUUCUACAGCCUGCGAGUCUUUGAGGUACUCACUCCUAGGAAGGAUGACACAACCAUGACAACGAUUAUUGGUUGCUGUGUGUCCAUCUUGGUCCUGAGUUCAGCCCUGCCAGUGAUGUCCAGAACUCUAGGAAUCACCAGGUUCGAUCUCUUGGGAGACUUCGGGAGGUUUAAUUGGCUGGGAAACUUUUACAUUGUCCUUUCAUACAACCUGCUGUUUGCGGUCGUGACAACGCUCUGUCUUGUGAGAAAAUUCACCUCAGCAGUACGGGAAGAGCUUCUAAAGGCCUUAGGUCUGGAUAAAUUGCAACUGUCAAAUAGCCCCACAGACCCUGAAUCUGGAAAGCUCUCGGCCAACGGGCAUCAGAAAACUCUGUGAAAGGGACGAUAGAUCAACACACACACACAAAACACACGCACACACACACACCUUAGCACAGCCAAAGGGAGAUUUCGACAGUACUGCCUGACUGCUGAAAGGUGAAAGGGAUUGGAAGGAACUUAAUAAACCCAGGCAGUGUCUGACGGAUGCUGCAAAUGGAGGCUGAGAGCAAUUUAGCUUCGUGACAUUCCAUCCUCUGCGUCUCGGAUGGAAGCUGGGACAGAGCCAGGGAUGAGACUGAGGAGUGAAAUAGACUGGCAUCACUGCAGUGACCUUGAUGUUGACCUCAACCGCGACUGUGACUUUAAACCACCCAUCUCUUGCUUCAGGGGCACUCUUCUUUCCCCGCCGGCAUCGCUACCCGUUUUACAUCCACACCACUGCACUACACUAAAUCAAGAUGGUAUAGCAGGCGAUACAGUUCUGUCUUUUUCUAAGUCUUACAUCUAACUAAAAGGCAGCGGGUUCUUAUCCAUCACCCUGCUCCUCCACUGUACUCGGUAAAAUAGUAAAUAGACCCCAAAAAUCCAGUUAGACUCAUGUUUUUCUUUUUCCUUUUUAAUGUCAGUACGUCCACGGUAAUCGUGUCAGUGAUACAUGGAGCAUUUGCAGUUUCUGGUCUCUUUGAUUGUUAUGUGAACUGAUACAGGCAUGAUAAGGUGUCCACUUGUCAUUUUGUUUGUUUUUUUUAAAGCUCAAAAUGUGAAAAUAACAAAGUUUGUGAAGCAUUAAGAAAGUCAUUUUCUUCACACUCGUCACAGCCAGUACAUAAAAAGUUGCACGGCAAUACAGUUCACAUUAUAUGCAUUGGCACUGUCAUGAUUGAUGGGCCUCGUAUUUUAGCGCUCCUGCUGUCAUUUGUCUUUUUUUAUUUUCAUUUUAUUUGGCUUUACUCAAGUGCGCUUUAACUUUAUUGAUGAUGUCAUUAGUUUGUAUGAAGUAGGGUAAGAACUUUUUUUAGGUGCUCUAGAUUAGACUUGAGCUACUCUACAAAUGGGAAACUAUAUGGCAUAUCCACUUCAGAUCCAACGAGCAGAACACUUCAGUAUAUGUGGAGCUGAUCCUGUGGUUGUAUUUCCUAAAGUUUUAUUAUGCACAUUAUAAGAAAAUGCCAUCACAUUUUUGCUCAUCCCCCCCAAAAAAGAAGAAGCUAUUUAAAAUCCACAGGGCACAGAAAGAUUUGUCCAUUUUUUUUUGUGAUUUUUGUAAAUGUUGAAUUUACAUGUACAUAUUAUAUUGUGAUUCAUACCUCUUUUUGCAUUAUUUGGAUGUAAAUAUUGGGCUCUCGUUGAGCCCACAAGAGGGUCUGACUCACUAAGCAAUCUGUAUUUUGUUGUACAUAUUUUUUUAUAAACACCUGAAUCUAAUGCAAACCUGUUACAGUCUUCACAUACAGAAUGCAUCAGUGAGAAAUGUGCAACUUUGCAGCCGGUAGAAACACUUGGUGACUCAGGCCCCAUUUACGUGUUGUUGUAUUGCUGCAUAAUCUUCUGAACUGUGAUGUUCUUUGUCUCCAGAACCACCUUAAAUGCCUUAUACGACAAGCAUCUCGCAGGCUUAAUGUUAAGGUUGUUUCUCGUUCUGUUGUUUGUUUUAUGUACAUGUGCACAUGUGCAUUGUUUGUCUCUAGACAGUUCCACUGUGAUCCCCUGUACGCCACUGAGUUUCUGGUCUAAAGCCAGCUGGAUAUAACAUAUGCAUUGCUUUUGCUCUGAUCGUCGUCGCUCAGCUCUCAUUCAGUGAAAAGUUCCAUUUUGAAACUCGUUCAUUACCCAUGAAACUUGAGCACUUGCGAAGGAUAGGGGUUGACUGAUCGAAUUGUUGUUUUUAUGGUGUUUGUAGAUGUGUUCAUGAUGAUGACAAAAGAAAAAGGAAGUAAGGAAAUUUUACUUUAUAUAUGCAUUUGAAAUUUUUAUUUCAUAGGACAGGGAAUGUUUUCCAUCGAAGCUGUUUGUCAUUGGUUGUUGAUUUAUUACAAAGACUGGAUUUAAAGAAAAUUCUCAAUCACAAAUAAAACUCAUGACUGAUCUUCUCAGAUGAACAAAUCAGACAUGAGAAUGUUUUGUAAAGGGUGACCUAUAAAUAUAAAUAUAACGGCUCUUAUCCAAACCCAAAGUAUGAUUUUGAAAGAAGUAAUUUCAACGUUCAUCCAAAUUCUUUACUGGCAGAAAGAUUCGGCAGAUUUUCUGCUACUCUGGGUGUCAUUUAACUUGUUUAGUGUGUGUCUACAGCUAUUUUAUUAAAAAUUAGGACCAUGCUGAUCAGUGGAUACUGUGAAAAAUCAGCCCCAAAGUAAACGGUGAAGCAAAAAGUAAGAAACUAUACUGGAAAAAGAGAACUACUGGCUGAAUUAGUGAAGGUAAAAAUAAAUGUAUGACUUUAUCUGGAUAAGCUACAUUAACUUUUUUUGUUUCCAGCUCAUUGUAGUUGUGAUGCCACUGGACUGAAAAUGUCACAUCCCAAAUAAAACAUCACAAUGCUACUCCUCGCAGAGGCUUCUGAGGUAACGUCUCAAAGGGCCAUUUUCUAUCCGAGCGAGCUUAUCUGGUUGCCUUUACGGUGCAUCUCUGUGUUGUGUGGGGGUUUCAAACGUUGAGAGUUGUCCUGUAAUGUAAGUGAAGCAGCUUUUUUUUUCCUCUCUCUCUCUUUCGUCUGUACGUCAGUUGGUCUCUGCAUGUACAUUUUUGGAACAUGUUUUGUGAAUGUAUUUUUUUACAAUUUCUCAGUUUGCUAAAUGUAAGUUUUGUUAUUUUUGAUGUUUGUGUGUUUGCAAAUAAAAGUAGAAAAAUGCUCUGUCAACACGUUUUUUCGUUUGUCAUUGCGGCGUCCUGGAGAACCAGUAAUGAUUGACAGAUGAGUUAAAGGAGUAGUGUGGUAAAUUUUUUGGAAACCUGCUUAUUUAAUUUUCUGUCGAGAGUUACGUAAAAGGAUCAAUAUCACCCUGAUGCCUAUGCACGCAUGAAGCAUGGAGCAAGCCAAGAACACAUUAGCUUAGCAUGAAGCAGGUGUAAAUAGCUUGUCUGGCUCUGUCCAAA